AUGUCUGGACUGCGGAACAUUGCAAAAGGAGGAUGGCACCCCGGCGGUGGCAAGGACAACAGUAGCAGCAGCAGCAGUGGAGGAGGAGGUAGCGGAUGGCGGUCCAAAAUCAACGAUAAAAUCCCAGGGCGCAUCAACGACAGGAUACCUGGCAGUACAAGCAAGUCGGAAAGAGAGCGGAUAGAAGCGCGAGAGAACCAUGUCUCGCAGCCCCUGACCGCUCUGAGAGAUCCUGCCUCGUUCGCGCCUCCUCCCAAGCACAUGCACUACCAUGGUCAAGCGGCGGCCAGCAAUGCAUCGAGUCCGAGCUAUGCUUCUACUCCGGCAAACACUGCUGCCACGCGCGGCCUGGGUGCCCCACUGCCCAAGGAGAUGGUGCAGCAACAAGAAUACAUGCAGCAACACGCGCAGCAGGAAGAAGAAGAGGCAGCCCGUCCUCCCCCAGGUCCCUAUCGAGUCGAUACGACCGGUCUCUCGACUGCAAACUUGCCCAAGCCUCCGGUACGACGACUCGACAACGCCUCGCCCGCCUCCGUCUCCUCCCAAGCCAGGCCCCCUCCGCGAAACAUUGCUCCGUCUCCGGCUGCUCGCGCUCCACUCCCACCUCCUCGCUCGACUCCCACCCCUCCAACUGCCCCACCUAGACAACAACCUGCAUUACCACCUCGACUCCCUCCGCGACAGAACUCGCGUCCCGAUUUGAAUGCUCCACCACCUCCUCCCGUCUACUCCGAAGCCAUUCAGGCCCCUCCACACGUGCCUGCUCCAAACCAAGCCGCCGUCAGCAGGCUUGCACGCGCAGGUGUCAAUGUGCCUGGCUUUGACAUUGGAGCCAGCGCUUCUCCCCCUCCAGCCAGCCACUCACGACCGCCUCCUUCGCAACUCUCUCCCAUGAACGAACUGCAGUCGCGUUUCUCCAGGAUGUCUUCUUCGGACUCCUCCCAAAACCAGCUACCACAAUCUUCAGACGCCAUGUCCUCCCGCUUCGGAAACAUGGUUUCGCAACAAGCAAGCAACCCUCAGCUCCAAUCUCGCCUUGCCGGUUUGGCCAACUCGCCCACUGUCAGAAGUCACGCAGCAAAUAUUGCCUCCUCUCCUGCCGUACAGAAACAGGCCGUCCAACAUGCCGGCACUUUUGCUUCCGCCUCUGGUGCCUCUCCACACCAAGCCCAAGCUCUGCAAUCAGGCUUCUCGCGCGUUGCUGCUUCACCCAGGGCCAUGAAUCUGGCCACUCAGCAUGCUGGGACCGUAGCUUCUGCCGCUUCAUCAUUUGCACCAAAUGCCGCUGCUGGAAAGAAACCACCUCCUCCGCCUCCAAAGAAGAGGGAACUUCAGGCGGAUACCCCACCGGUACCACUUUCGAGCAAGCCCAGGUUUUGA